AUGGAUCUCUCACUGCUCCCAGCCGAGCUGGUUCUCAAUCUUGUUAAGCACAUGGACAUGGCAACCUUGCUCAGCUUUAUGAUCACCAACAAGUCCAACCACUCCCUGGUUCGUUCUUACGAGCACUCGAUCUGCAAGGCAAAAGUGGAAGGUAUUUCGGCGCUUACCACCAAGCGCAACUUUCUCUCAUCCAGCGACGUGUAUCGCGAGGUUUGCGCACCCGAUACAUUCCCUUGGGUGUGCGAACUGGAAUUGCGCGAGCGCCGCAUCGCCGACAUCAUUAGCAGUGGUUACAUCGACAUCACCUCUCCCCCGGGCCUUCAGCCCCUGACGACUGUACAACAGAAGCGCUUCAUUGCUUUGCUGGAGCGGUCCUUGCGACACUGUGACGCCAUCGCCGAUGUAGCUGCCAGCAUGCCAGACGCCUUACCCGAGUACGAUUACACCUUGGUCAGCAGCGGAUUUUGGGGCCAUAUGGCGCGACUACCCGCCUCCAUGCGCACUCGCAAUCCAUUCACCAACACACCUGCGCGCAGCGCCCAGAUUGAAUACAUCAAGUCGCUACCGGUCGAAGAUCUAGCGGCGCUGUACGUUACCAUUACAGCCGCCGGGGCUGGCCACGUACAAGACCGCCCCGAUGUUCAAGCAGACCCAAGUUUCUCCGAGCGGCUUACAGUAUUUGAAGAGUGCGUUCUUCGUCACGGCACCUGGUUUUUCUGGGCUCAGGUAUCUGCUCAGGCAAAGCGCAAGAAGUGGACAAACACGACCAGCAUUGCAGUUGAUGAUGACCCACAGGUUGAGAGGAAACUAGCAUCUAGGAACUUGACGCUUCGAGAGAUGACGGGCUACAUGCUGAUUGCCGGAAUGUCGGAACUGAUCGAGUGGGAGACGGGCGCCGAAGACGUGCCGCCGGGUCUGCGUAUGAGCUUGCUCGACGCUGCAGAGGACCGUUUUGAAGAUGACGAGGGACGCCCGCCGGUUUAUCACUUGUACAAGUUGGUUAGGAAGCUGGUUUUCGAGGGCAAAGAAUGA